GAUGGUUCUGCUCCGAGCUGCUGCUCUGUGCUGUCUGUGUUCAGCGCUGGUUGCCAUGGCAGCAGAGCUGAUCCAGGAGCAGCUGUCAUUGACCAGGAGAGUUGGUGAAACUGCUUCUUUCAGCUGUGGAGGACUUGACCUGUGUGGCGAUUAUGUCGGCUGGUACCAGAAGAAAGAGACAGAAACUUUCACAGUGAUUCUGGAUAUUAAUAGAGACACUGGUGAAGUUGAUUCUGAUUACAAUCAUCCUCAGAUUAAAGACUUCACAGCUCAGAUGAACAACAACAACAAGAUCUGUGAACUGAAGAUAAACAAAGUUCAAUCCUCUCACUCAGCCUCAUAUUACUGCUCCUGUUAUUAUCGUGGGUUCAUUAUAUUUGGCUCUGGAACUAAACUUUAUGUAACAGAUGACCCGGUGGUGGCGCCAGUGUUGACCGUGUACCCAGCAUUGUCCCUGGAGGGGCAGAGCUCCCUGGAGGGGCGGAGCUCCCUGCUGUGCGUGGCCUCGGCCAUGUCUCCUCCUCCGGUCCAGUUCUUCUGGAAGAGACAGAGGAAGGAGGGCGGUCAUCAGGAGGAGCUGCCCCCUGCUGAGGAGGGAGAGCAACUGCAGCUCAGAGAGUGGGGACGCGUCGCCACCAUCAGGCUGGUCCGUCAUGACGCUCUGUACGCGUAUAAAUAUCGCUGCUACGUCAGACACGAGGGAGGAACAGUGGAGGCUCAGGUAGAACAAGAAGUUUCUGCUCUUCCUCCACCGUCUCAGUUCCAGGUCCGGUUGCUAGUUCUGUUCUACUCACUGCUCAUCGUGAAGAGUCUGGUUUUCAGCUCUGGACUCUUUGGGAUCACAGUCCUCACAAACCAGAGAAGGUCCAAACAUGGCUGAUUGAUCUUCUCUUCUCACCAUCAUGACGUCACACACACACACACACACACACACACACACUCACUCUCCCUGCACCAAACCCCAUAGAGAAAAUCAGUGAUUUUAGCUGGUGGGGACACAGGAGCUGCUGGUCCUCUGCUGCCUCAUGUGGUCACUUUGUGUCACUGCGUUAAGUCUAAAUGAAAUAUUUCAAACACUGAAGUGACAAAAUAAGACAUUUGAACUUAGUGAUGGAGGCAGCAGUGGAUCAACAACUCCUGUGUGCUGUGAUGUUAAAAUCACUGAUUUUCUCUAUGGACCUUGGUGUGGGAGAGUGAGUGAGUUUCCAGACGUCCACAUACACUGACCCCUAGAGGACAUUUGGACUCGUGGU